UCGGUGCUAGACUGCUGGCAGCAGUAGUGUAAUACUACUUUUCACCGAGGCCAAGCCCCCAAACACAGAGAGAUAAACGAGAACACCAUGCGGAAGUGACAAGCCGGGAGAGGAGAAGGAAACGAGACUCAAAUGGCGGGAAGCGAGCAGCCUCAAAACCCAAACGAAGCAGCUCCUGAACCCAUGAAUAAAGACCUGUGGCAGAUUCACUACUCUUGCUUCUUCAGCUUUCCUUUUUUCCCCUCAACUUGUCACAUCCUUAAGCCUCUUACUUCCAGUUGCAUCAAGAGAAACCCUUUUGGCAGAUGGGUCUCUUAUUCAUCAAUGGCCUUUCUGCAUCUCAUAAAACACCAGAUUUCCAAUCUGGUUUUCUCUUGGCCUCAGGUUUCAUGUCUGGAGGAACGCCCAGUUAGAGGUAGCAGAGUUGUAUUUUCAAGUUACAGAGAUAGCUUAGGGCAGGUUCAAAAGUUUGCCAUGCACUUUUCAUCAUCUUCUGACUCACAAACAUUCAUAAACUCUUUAAAGGAAGGCUUGAAGGAUGUCAGAAAUAUUGGACUUACAAAUAGCAAAUUUGGAUUAGAAAUGACAUAUUAUUCUUCAUCUGAGCAUAUCUUUAUGAAGGCCACUCAUGAGGGACCUGUUGAGAUAUUGAGCAAUGUGAAUCCUAAUGGGAAUUAUGAACCUAUAGCACAGCUCAUAUCAGGUCAUGAAAGCAUAAAACAUAUAUGUUCCAAGGAGCCAAUGCUUGCUCAUGGCUUGGAUGCCACUUGUGCUUCCUUACCUCCAAGCUUCAUAGCUCUUCUCUUUGACUCUUGCACCCAGGCAGAAGAAGAUAUGUUGAGGAAACUAGAGAUGGUCAUUGGUGAACUGGGAGGAGACUUGGCACUGUGAUGACCAAUGGUUUUGCAGCAACAGCGGAAGUUAAAACUCUUAUCAUCUCUCAUCCUUGAGCCUGCCACUUAAUGUAUGAACACCAGUUUUUCCUUAGGUAUGGUAUAUGACUUGCCUUGCUGAAACACUAAACAACAGUGUUACAGCAAUUUGAAUGGAAUACAAUUUCUGAUUUCGAUUUGAUCAAAAAAUGCAAUGUUACAGGUACAGCAAUCUUAAUAAAAUACAGUUUCUCAUUUCUAUUUGAUCAUACAA